AUGCUCCGCCCGGUGAUUCGAGGAGCUCGGUGGUAUCAACAUGUGGCCCGCUCGAGCAGUUCGGCGGCUUCGCCUCGUUCCUUUACUCGAGCAUUCACUGCUGCAGCGCCGCGAUUAAUCGAUUACGGUGGGCCCAAUGACAAGAUAAAAUUCUACGAACAAGAUACCCGCCGAAGCACGAAGAGGAGGAGGAUAGAUCCGGAAGCGGAAGAUAUUGCGGAGAAGGAAGAAGUGGCGCGCGAACUUUCGCAGCUGGAUCAUGAACUAGAGUCUCUGAAGGAGGACCCGUUUGGGCCUAACAGCAGCUUCAUACAGAGCCUACCAGAAGAUGAGAGGGCUAUUGCACUGGAAGCUCUGCGAAAACAGGAGGCCAGAGAUGGCAAAGAUGAACCUAUCACCUUCGAUGACGUCUUUGACGAAGAGCUUGAUAACCUGCUUAAAGAAGAAUUUGAGGGCCUAGCCUUGGAGGAAGAGAAUUGGAUGAAGAAAAAAGACGACAGUUUGCAGGAAGUUAUACGACAACCAUACGAAAUGGCAUUCGGGGACUCAGAGCACAGCGACUACAUUGACAGAUUCAAUCGUGCUUUGAAGCGGUUUGCUGCCGAUAAAUCCAGCGAGAAAGCAAGGCAAGACCUUUGGAAUUGGUACCGAGGAUGCAAACAGAUCAUUCCACAUUUUGUCAGUGCGAUACCCGAGGAGGCUAUGACGCUGCUCUGGUCUUCCCAGACCUCAGUAGGGCAACACGCAGCUCGUAUACAAGUCCUUGCUGAAGACGCCUUAUUAGCCGGUCGAUCUCUUCCUACGGCGCAUGUGCUUUCAUAUAUAAGUUCUCUACAGCAACUGGGUAAGACCAGAGAAGCACUCGACCAGUGGGAGAUGCACCAGGAUGGGCUCAGUCAGCAGAAAGAAGACCUAGAAGCCUACUGGAAGCUUGGGGUACAGCUCUUCACUGCUGAAGGCAAUCCACAGCGAGCCCAGGAUAUUGCUCUAGCAUUUAUGAAGAACGACAACUUUCAGCACGCCCGCAUCCUUAUACCCAUUAUCAUCGCUUGGGGAAGACAGUCUGGGAAGGAAGCAGAUUCUAAACUGUGGGCCCUCUACCUUCAAUUAAAAGCGAUGCUUCGACAUAAGAUGACCAUGGAUGACUAUGAUCAGAUUAGUAUUGGACUUCUCAAAGCCGGGAAGCUUGACCUCGCCAUCGCUGUAUUCAAGGACAUGAUGGUGACAGGCAAGGAUUCGGCAAACGAUUCAACGGCUCUGUACACUGCAGCCCUCGGACUGGCUGGGAACCUGCAGGCCUCAGCUGUUUCCGAACAGGAUGUUAACAAAGUUUCCCUUUCCACGCUCACGGUCCUACCCCGUCGGUUCGAAAAUCGGUUUUUCUACGCCAGCUGGUUGAAAAAACUGAUUGGAAUGGGUGAAGUCGAUUCCGCCGCUUUGGUAGUCGAGCUGAUGUAUGAACGCGGUGUGAGGCCAGAUCCAAAGCAUCUUAAUGGUCUGAUUGCCGGCUGGCUACGCGAGGGAAGCGCGCCUGCUCGAGAGAAAGCGGAAGAGCUAGGCUGGUCCAUGAUCAAACAGCGGAUCGACCGAGUCUCCAAAGCCGAAGCAAAGGAUUCAGAGCAACCAGAAACUGGACGCACGAAUGCUCGAAUUCCAAAAUUCAUGCAACGACCAAUGCCUGCAGCGACCAUUGAAACAUUUUCGAUUCUACUCCUUCAUUAUACCAGGCGAGGCGAUCAAGAAGCAGUCGAACAUCUUGUCAAGAAUCUCACGCUUUCCCGUAUUCAACCUAACUCUUACUUCAUGAACCAUCUCCUCUACGCUGAACUUCGAAAACAGGACAUUGGUGCCCUCUGGAACAAAUUUCAAGUACUAUCAUCUUCCGUGCAGCCAGACCUUGAAACAUAUGCUUGCCUCUGGGACUGCGGCAAACUUCAAUACGACCGCAGCCGCACAGCAUACUUCGCCGAGUUUCCAACAGCCCGCGCGCUCUACUCAAACAUGAUGACCUGGUUCUCUUAUCUUUCCACCCGAGCCCAGACAACCGCCCGGGAAGACUUUUCCAAAGACCUUUACGACCAAAUCAUCCGCUGCUUCUGCCUCUCCAAAGACCUCGCAGGUACACUUGUCGCCCUAUGCUCCCUGCACUCAACCUUCGGCUUCCACCCGGACGAAACAACAGCCCGUCUAAUCAUCCUGCAAGUCGCACGUCUCGCCGCCGUCCCAUCGGAUACCCCUAAACGCCGUCUCCGCCGCAUCUCCUCAACCCCGCAUAGCAAAGCGAAUAUCGCGCAGGUUCAGCAGCUUGUUGAGAUCCUCAGUGAUCGCAAAUCCGCCACACUUGAAUCGAGGGGGCUUACCAUCAGCUCGCUAGAUCCGCAUGAGAAAGAGAUGCAUCAGCUUGAGAUCAUGACUGAUCUGCUGCGCAUCGUCAUGAGCCGGGCCGAUACUAGUCCUAAUCAAACACCUGAUCCCAACCGUGUAGAAGAGCAGCUUUGCACUGUUGCGGAGGAGAUGGGUGUGCCUGGGAUUUAUCUUGGGCCGAGAUUGGAUGACGAGAACGCUGGCUUGGUAUCAAUGAGAUAA